AUGCCCCUCAAAUCAGUGAUUAAUUCCGUUUGUUCACUGUCAUGCGAAAACGGAGGAAAUUGCGUGGCGCCCGAUGUCUGCGAUUGUCCUGCCGGAUACGCAGGAAAUACCUGCGCUGAACCGAUUUGUUCGUCUCCUUGCCAGAACGGCGGGCUGUGUGUGGCGCCCAGUGUCUGCGAAUGUCGCUGCGGUUUCCGUGGGAUUACCUGCAACGAAGGCCUGUCCGCCUUGGACGUAGCCGGUGCAAUGUGCCUCCGAGGUCACGUGAUUGGAACCGUUCCGUCGCCCCAGCCAAUCAUGUGUGCUUUUGCCUGCCUCCGAAGCACUCGCUGUAAAUCCGUGAAUUACUACCCGGUUAAACGUUUGUGUGAGCUGAAUAAGGAAAGUGCCGACGGUGCGGGCAUCGGCGACUGGUUUUACGCUGUGGAUUGUGUUUAUUACGAGUCAUAAAAUGUAUCGAUCGGCUGGCGUGAAGUUUAUAAGGCUUCGCAAGCUUAAAUAUUUCUGCUUGCUUUCAUUCUUGUAAUCAAACUUUCCAAUUAGAAACUAGAUAAUAAAGAAAUAUCAAAUUUAGUUUUAUCGAAGAUGCUUUUAUGACUGAUGUAUAACUUUAUGUAUUGUUUCUGUGAAUGAGGUGGCAGUUUCAUUCAAAUUUCCAGUCAUGAGCCGUGAGGGGAACUGUCUGGUACACUUUGACCUUUGUUACAAAAAUAGGAAAAGGUCACAUGAAUAAUCAUUGGCAUAAUAAUAUGAUAUUGAUAUGAAUAGGAAUGAGCUGUAGGGGUGGAAAAAUAUGGCACAAAAUUACCAAGGGAUGGAUAGGGAUAGCAUAGGGUCAGAAAGUUUAGUGUGACCGUUGGUAUUGGAUGAACAUGAAUAUGAAAUAUCAUAAGGUCAUAAAAUGUGGUACCCAUUGACCUUUUCUGUGAAGUUAUGGUUGGUCUGACUUAAUCAUUGGACACUAAACAAGAGAGGGCGGGCACAUGCUAAUGGUCUUGCGUUGGGCUUACUAUGGUUACGGAGAUUCUGAUCAAUAUAGGAAGGAGAACGGGCUGGCCCUAGCUAAAUUUCUUAAUCCUUUGAACUAGUGUUUUUUUUACGUCCGGUUAGUCGGUUACCCUGUACAUGUAUACAGUUUCUUACAAAUUCAAACUGAGCGGAGCAUUACUGUUGAUCUUUAUCGUGAAGUAAAUGUUAAAUACACCAUAAUGUAAAAUUUAUGAAUCCUCGUGAGAGGUAUGACGACAGUUCGGAUUUUUAACACAUAGCAAAGAGGUAAAUUUACCCAUCGUGCUAUGGAAUAAUAUGCAGAAGUUCCCGGCCGGUAUCCGACCCAAGAAUUAUCACUCGAUAGUCAUACGGGUCAGAAAGAACACAAAACCAAUUCGGUAGACUUCACAUACUGGUUUAAGUACUGUUUUUAUUUCUCGUUUUUCAUUAUUGAUUUUUACAGUUAUCUAAUUUUAAGAGCUACCGCAAGAGUGAUUGCCAGAGCUUCAUUAUAUUUUAUAUCAGACGCACUACAUGUACUUAUUUCUUUUUUUUCCUUUGACAUCAUCCACAAUUACCUCGUGAGUUUCAUUAUCCUUCAAAUGUAGGUAACUUGACAGAAACUCCUUAUAGUUGUCGAGAAAGUCGUGGGUUGAAAUUACCCAAGAAAUGUCUAUGAAAGAGACUUUGGGGCGAAUUUCUUAUUGUAAACGCUCAGGUGGAGUACCCUGUAAAACAUCCUAAUCAGGAUCCAAUCCUGAUACAAAAUUUUGCUCUCGCUUUAUAAUAAUUACGCGCUUGUUUUUGUAUGUGCCGCUUAUCGACCUUAUCCUUGUUGCUACAUGAUCGAUCCAAAGUCAGAAAACAGUCUGACACAGAUACCUACAUAUCGCUACGUCGCCCUUAGGAAAAUAUGUAUUACAAGUUAGGGGUCGAUUAGUGUAUUGUGAUUAGAAGGAUCAGGAGAGAGAAAACUGUCACUUCAUAUACAGACAAUAACAAAUUUAAUUGCUUUUUUUUGAGAAUCAGUUGUGUAAUGAUAGGAUAUAAUCAGCACUAAAACCAUAAAACGAAAUGCCCAAUUUUCCCUGCCAUGCAGCCUUAAUCGUCACUGGUUGGUAAGAAGUAGUUCAGUGUUUAUAGAAUGGAAAGAAUCCUGAAGUCGGAUUUCAUUUUCCCUAAAGUUAUAAGAUACAAACUUCGUAGUCGUAGGUGAUAAUCGAACGAACUUAUCUCUAGCAACAAGCCUUUAUCUGAGUUGGUAUUGCACUUGUGUUUCCUGUACACCGUUCCACAUAAUUGAUAAACUGUUGGGAAGGAUCAUUAAACUAAAUUGAAUGCAGUAA